AUGGCGGCGCGGGGUGCAGAGGCCGAGGCGCUGUUCGAGGCGCACACGGCGGCCGAGCUGCGUGCGGUGGAGCGGCGGCUGCGGGCCGGCAUCGAGCAGAAGCGGGAAGAACUACGGCAGAUGGUGGGAGAGCGGUACCGCGAUCUCAUCGAAGCGGCCGAUACCAUCGCCGAGAUGCGCCUCAGCGCCGAGCGCCUCCUGGGCGCCGUGCGGGGCCUGCAGCGGGGCGGCGCGGCCCGGCCCGCCCCCCCGGCGGCGGCUCGGCCACCGGCUCAGGAGAGCUUCUACCGGGCGGCGGCGCAGCUGAAGCUGUUGCUGGAUGUCCCCGAGAAGGUGUGGGGUGCCGUGGAGGCCGGCCGGUACCUGCCCGCCGCCCGGCUCCACCUGCUCGGGGGCCACCUCCGCCGCCAGCUGCAGCUCGACGUGCCCCGCGCCAGCCCCGUCCUCGCACGCUUCCCCAUCCUCCUGCGGCAAGUGGCUGCCGCCAGCCACCUCAGAUCCACCAUCCUGCAGGAGAGCAAGUCCCUGCUGAAGAGCCAGACCGUGUCAGACCAGGCGGUGGCAGAAGCCCUCUGUGCCAUCAUGCUCCUGGAGGACAGCUCUCCUCGCCAGGCCCUUGCCGACUUCCUUCUGGCUAGGAAGCUGGCCAUUCAGCAGCUUCUCAACCAGCCUCACCACGGUGCAGGUAUAAAAGCUCAGGUGUGCUCACUGAUGGAGCUGCUAACCACUACCCUGUACCAGGCUCAUGCUCUCUUCUACACCGUGCCUGAAGGGACACUGCCAGACCCAGCCCUGCCUUGCGGCUUGCUCUUCUCAACCCUGGAGAGCACCACAGGCCAGCACCCAGCAGGGAGAGGUGGAGUUCUAGAGAAUGAGGUGAAGCUGAGCAGCUGGUUCAGGUACCUCCCAGAGUCAGUGGUGGAGUUCCAGCCAGCCCUGCGGACCCUGGCACACCCCAUCAGCCAGGACUACCUCAGAGACACACUGCAGAAGUGGAUCACCAUGUGCAGCGAUGACAUCAGGGCCGGGGUCAGCAACCUGCUCGUCUAUGUGAAGAGCAUGAAAGGCCUCGCGGGGAUUCGCGAUGCGGUGUGGGAGCUGCUCACGAGCGAGUCCAUAAGCCAGAACUGGGAAGCGGUGUGCUGUCGCCUUCUGGACAAGCCUGUUUCCUUCUGGGAGGAUCUGCUGCAGCAGCUGUUCCUGGACAGGCUGGAGACACUGACCAAAGAAGGGUUUGACUCCAUCUCAAGCAGCUCCAAACAGCUUCUCACCUUAGCUUUACAGGAACUUGAAGUGAAAUCCAGCACCUCUGCCCUGAGCAAGCACAUCCAGUUUGAACACAACGUGGCCCUGUUCCUGUGGUCAGAGAGCUCCAGCGACCUGCCUUCUGAUGCCGCUUGGGUCAACGUGGCAAAUCGCGGCCAGUUCGCCAAGAGCGGCCUGUCCAUGAAGGCCCAGGCACUCACGCCGUGCGUGCAGAGCUUCUGCUCGGCUCUGGACUCAAAGCUGAAGGCCAGGUUGGACGAUCUCCUGUUCUACCUUCCUGCGGACUCCUCGGCUGCCAAGGAGGCCGCUCCUAUGGUGCAGCUGCGCUCUGCCUUCGACCGCUAUGCUGAUGCUGGCACGGUGGAGGGGCUGCUCCGCGACCACUGUGUCGCCUGCAUUCACCAUGUGCUGGGCUGCGUAUGUGAAGAGCUUCGGAGUGCCCAGAGCCUGCUGGGGGCACAGGUGGAUGCUCCCAGCGAUGCCAGACUCAAUGCUGUCCUCUUCAUGGCGAGACUCUGCCAGUCUCUGACCGAGCUCUGCCCUCACCUGAAGCAGUGUAUCCUGGGCCAGUCGGGCAGCACAGAGACGGCGCUGAAGGAAACGCGCUCCACCAAGAAGCUGGGGAAGGGGAAAGCCCAGGAAGUGACUCCCGAGCAGGCCAAGUGGCAAGGGGUAAAAGCAGAGCUCCUGCAGCAGAGCCUGUUUGCUUACCAGAUCUGGAGCUCAGCUGUCACCAAAGGUCUGGUUCAGUGCUUUACCCGCACGUUGCUGCUGGACACAGCUGGCUCUGUCCUGGCCACAGCUACCAACUGGGAUGAAAUUGAAAUUCAGGAGGAGACAGAGUCUGGAAACAGUGUAACAUCAAAGAUCCGGCUGCCUGUGCAGCCAUCCUGGUACGUCCAGUGCCUCCUCUUCAGCCUGUGCCAAGAGGUGAACCGGGUCAGUGGUCACACUCUUCCCAAAGUCACCUUGCAGGAGCUGCUGAGGACCUGCAUGGCAGAAGUGCUUGCUGCCUAUGAAAAGCUUGUGGAAGAGAAGCAGGAGAAGAAAGCAGGCACCUUCCCCAUGACCCAGAACAGAGCUCUGCAGUUACUCUACGAUCUGCGGUACCUGAGUAUCAUCUUGACGGCGAAGAGCGAGGAAGCAAAAACUAGCAGGAUCAAGCAUGACUCCAGGAUCGAGAAGGUGACAGACUUCCUGGAGGGACACAUAGAUCCGUUUGACUUGGAUGUUUUCACUCCACACUUGAACAGCAACCUUAAUCGCCUGGUUCAGCGAACCUCCGUUCUCUUCGGUUUGCUGACCGGGACGGAGAACCAGUACAUGAGCAGGAGCGGUGCUCUGAGCUCCCAGGAGCUGCACAACAUCUUGCCGUUAGCAUCCAGCCAGAUCAGAUUUGGACUUCUGCCGCUGAGUAUGUCAAGCUCACGAAAGAGCAAGUCUGCUACCAGGAGCACAGAAAGAGUUCAGUGCGAUGCUGACCUUUAACUCCUGACGAAGCCUGGCUUGGGUAUUUAAGCCUGUGUGAACAGAGUUGGCUUGCUUCUCUUGCAAAGGCUCUGUGCUGUCCUGUUUCUGAGUUUUAUCAGUAGAAAACCAUUAUGUUGCCACAUUUCCCCCAGAUGAAAACAUCUGCUUAAAUGGAGUUUUCUACGCUGAGGAUUGAGAGAGCCAAGGAAUACCUCACUGCUACAGGAAGCAGUAAUUAGUAAUUUGUUUCCUUUAGCUAUUAUUAACCAAAAAACGCAUCUGUGGUGGUGUCUUUUCAACUGGGAAAGAAGAGUAAAGGUCUGGUUUUAUCAGAGUGGAGAGUGUUUACUCUGCAACUCUUGUUCUCCACUAUUCAGAAGGAUUAAGGACCAGGCAUAGCAUCACGGUUGUUUAAAAGCCCAAAGCUUCACAAUAAAGGUAUUCUUUACCUCUCACACCUCAGCUGUGGCAAAGCAUUGAAGUCUGCAGUGAUGUUUGGCUCACUCCUGCCACUCCCCUCGCCUGCUGUGGUGGCACAUGUAUGUUCUGCACUAGCCACAUUUCUCAGAAUUCCUGACAGAUGCUUCCUCCUUUUAUGCUAAAACAGUUCAGGAGAGGUUGAAGUCUGUAGUUACUCAAGAACAGCUCUCUGCAAGGGCAACAGCUGUACUACCAUGCUGUUAUCCCCCUGCUUUGAGAGCAACAGGCCUCUCCCUGCCAUUCAAUGUUAAAAAAAAAAAAAUCAUUUUGGAUGACAUCUGAAAAGUUACCUGUUGCUAACAGCAGCAAGGUGCUGUGCUUCUGCCACACAGACCUGCCUCUGUCUGCCUGUCACCAACUGCCAGGAGCGAUGCUGCUUAGGUUGUAGUUCAAGCUCAAGUUGCCUAGGAAGAGCUGUUCUGCUGUAGUCUAUGCCUCCUUGCAGUUACGGUAGAUGAGGGUACGGAGUAAGUCAAAGGUAUGCUGUAAGAGUUAUUGAUGCUUUUGUUUUUAAAAACUAACAGGUUCCACCUCCUGCACUCAGAAGAGCAGAAGACGAGGCAUCGCGCCCUGGCUCUUUGUUCAGGCAGCUUGUAACAGAGGAGGAAGACACAGCUGCACCUUCUCUCUUCAAGCUGGGAUGGCUUUCUGGCAUGACCAAGUGACGCAAUAAAAAAUUUAAAAGUU